AUGCAAGCUAUGGGGCCGGUUGUGGCCUGGGCUGCAGGACAAAAGAAUCUGGCGAAGAUGGACUUAUCGAAAGCGUUUCACGCGAUCCCUGUCGCCGAAGAUCAAAUGAACUAUGCCAUUCUCGACUCGCGAGGACAAGCUUACCGCUACCGCAGAAUGCCUAUGGGCGCAAUGUGCGCACCCAAACACUUUUCUAUGGUGAUGGGGAAGGUGCUGGGCGAGUUGAGCGACUACGACAAAGUUCAUGUGCGAUCGUAUCAGGAUGAUGUAGUUGUCAUAAGCGUAACAGAAUGGGAUGUGUGUGAGAUAUGGCAGGUCGGUACAGCUUUAAAAUUUACUAUAAGAAGUCGUCGACAGCCGACGACUGGCACAGGUUUACACCCGACAGAAUAA